AGUCCGGUUUCUGCUUGCGCAGUUCGCAUUGUUUGCCGCUUUUUUUAUAUUAAUUAAUAAUGUUGCUAGAAUUUCUGGCUCUCUUCGUUGUUGCUUUGGUGCUAGCUUAUCGCUGGUCAACCGCUAGCUUUAAUUUCUUCAAGCAGCGAGGAAUUCCCUACAACAAGCCCUAUCCACUUGUGGGCAGCAAUGGAAAAAUUAUCUUCGGAAAACAAUCCAACUUUAAUCUGAUCAUCGAUUUGUACAAUGAAGGCAAGGGCAAGGUCUUUGGCAUCUUUGAACAAAUGUCGCCUGUUUUAAUGAUACGCGAUCCGGAACUUAUCAAGCAGAUAACCGUGAAGGAUUUCGAUCACUUUAUUAACCAUCGCAGCUUUUUUGGCACAGAUGGAGAAGCACCCCAUGACAUAGAUCAUCUGUUCUUCAGCUCACUAUUCACCAUGCGCGAUGCACGCUGGAGGGACAUGAGAACCACUUUGUCACCCGCUUUCACGGGCAGCAAAAUGCGUUACAUGUUCCAGCUAAUGAAUGUGGUGGCCAAGGAGGCGGUGGAUUACCUCAAGCGUGAUCCAUUACCCGAGGCAGGCCUGGAGCUGGAUAUGAAGGAUUACUCGCUGCGAUUCACCAACGAUGUGAUUGCCUCGACGGCCUUUGGCCUGGAAGUGAACUCCUUUAAAGAUCGGGAGAAUACCUUCUACAUUAUGGGCAAGAACCUGACAACUUUUACUUUCCUGCAAGGCUUGAAGUUUGUGAUCUUCAGAACUGCGCACUCGCUGUUCAAGCUACUGAAGUUGCCGCUCUUUGAUAGGGUGAGCUCCAAGUACUUGAUGGACAUCGUUUUAGAUACUAUGAAAUACCGCAAGGAACACAACAUUGUGCGUCCAGACAUGAUUCACUUGCUGAUGGAGUCGCGAGGCAUGAUUCCCUCCGAGAAAUCCAAUGUGAACACGGAUCGUGAUUGGGAUGACUAUGAACUGGCUGCCCAAUGCUUUGUGUUCUUUUUUGCUGGCUUGGAGAUGUCCUCCAAGCUCAUGUGCUUCACUGGCCAGGAGCUGAUGGAAAACGUUGAUGUACAAGAUAAAUUGUAUGCUGAGAUUGCCGAAGUCGACAGCCAGUUGGAGGGCGGUCAGGUGACCUACGAUGUUCUUAUGGGCAUGAAGUACUUGGAUCAGGUGGUGAACGAGGUGCUACGCAAGUGGCCGCCAUCUCUGUCCGUGGAUCGUGAGUGCAACAAGGACAUUUACUAUGAGGCCGAUGGUAAAAUUAUUAAGAUCAAAAAGGGCGACUGUAUCUUCCUGCCUAACUGUGCCCUGCACUACGAUCCCAAGUACUUUGAGAAUCCCACAAAGUUCGACCCGGAGCGUUUUAGCGAUGAGAACAAACAUAAGAUUAAUCCCUUCACAUACUUUCCCUUUGGUCUGGGCAAACGAAGCUGCAUUGGCUCACGAUUUGCUCUACUCAAGGCCAAGGCCCUCAUCUACUAUAUGCUGCGGGACUUCCGCAUUGAGCCUGCUUCUAAAAGCACCAUUCCCUUGGAUCUUAUGUCCGCUGGCUUGCAGGUGAAGCCGAAAGACGGAUUUUGGAUUCAGCUCGUUCCACGUGACUAACUUGAGAUUGAGAGUAACGAAUUCAGUAUUAUGCAAACUUGAAUAUGAUUUAUUGAAUGAUCUAUGACUCUGAUACCUGAGAGAAAUGUACUGCAUUUAAAACUGCAUAGCUUUAUUGUGAUAUAGUUCUUUAAACGCUUAUUAA